UAUUAUGCCCAGGGAUAAGCCAAGUACCUGCCAUGCAUAGAUGUUUCUCAAAGCUUUAACUGAGGGUCAGAUUACUGUUUUGAUAUGGAUUUGUAAUCUGUUCUUUUCCAGUUCUCCUCCAUAGCUGGCCAAUUACUUGACUGACGGACGGACUGACUGACUGAAACUGACGGUUGAACAUUGGCUGGUUGACCGAGGUAUUCUCCAUCUAUCUUCGACCAAUCCACUGUUUUCCUUAAACACGGAGGUGAAUAUCACAUUUAGAGAUACACAGACAGAGGAACUGCCAGAGUAACUGUGUCUCAGAUAGAUGGCUGACAAGCAGAUCAGUUUACCUGCCAAAUUGAUCAAUGGGGGAAUUGCUGGACUGAUUGGUGUGACAUGUGUAUUUCCUAUUGACCUGGCCAAGACCCGUCUCCAGAACCAGCAAAAUGGUUCCCGUCUCUACACCAGCAUGUCAGAUUGCCUUAUCAAGACCAUCCGAUCAGAAGGAUACUUUGGCAUGUACAGAGGUGCUGCUGUGAACCUGACUCUGGUCACUCCAGAGAAGGCCAUCAAACUAGCUGCCAAUGACUUCUUUAGACAGCACCUGUCCAAGGAUGGUCAGAAGCUCACCCUGCUGAGGGAGAUGCUGGCGGGUUGUGGUGCUGGUACAUGUCAGGUCAUCGUCACCACUCCCAUGGAGAUGCUAAAGAUCCAGCUACAGGAUGCAGGGCGGAUAGAGGCUCAGAUGAAGCUGAUGCCCCAGGCUGCAGGUGGGGCCCCUGGGGGCCCAGUGGAGGUGAGGACCCAUACAGCCAUGCAGCUCACCCGGGAGCUGCUGAGGAGCCAGGGCAUCGCAGGGCUCUACAAGGGCCUGGGGGCCACACUGCUGAGGGACGUGCCAUUCUCCAUAAUCUACUUCCCCCUGUUUGCCAAUCUGAACAGCCUGGGUGGCCGUGGGGCUGAUGGCCCCGCUCCCUUCUAUGUGUCCUUUGCAUCAGGCUGCAUCGCUGGCAGUACAGCUGCUGUGGCAGUUAAUCCAGUGGAUGUGAUUAAGACCAGAAUUCAGACCAUGACACGGGGAAGUCGGGAGGACACCUACAGCGGAGUGACAGACUGCAUCAGGAAGAUUCUGCACCAAGAGGGUCCCUCUGCUUUCCUGAAGGGGGCGUACUGCCGUGCUCUGGUCAUUGCUCCGCUCUUUGGCAUUGCACAGGUGGUCUACUUCCUGGGAGUGGGAGAGUUCCUUCUCAGCUUCCUGCCUCAACGGAACAACUAGUCUUGCACUUUCCUCUCCUGCACAGCUCACAUUGGAGCCAGGUAAUCUGGCACCUACCUCUCAGACACAGCCCACAUUGGAGCCAGGUAAUCUGGCUCUUUCCUCUCCUGCACAGCCCACACAGGAGCCAGGAAAUCUGGUGCCUACCUCUCAGACACAGCCCACAUUGGAGCCAGGUAAUCUGGCACCUACCUCUCAGACACAGCCCACAUUGGAGCCAGGUAAUCUGGCACCUACCUCUCAGACACAGCCCACAUUGGAGCCAGGUAAUCUGGCUCUUUCCUCUCCUGCACAGCCCACACUGGAGCCAGGUAAUCUGGUACCUUCCUCUCAGACACAGCCCACAUUGGAGCCAGGUAAUCUGGCACCUACCUCUCAGACACAGCCCACAUUGGAGCCAGGUAAUCUGGCACCUACCUCUCAGACACAGCCCACAUUGGAGCCAGGUAAUCUGGCACCUACCUCUCAGACACAGCCUACAUUGGAGCCAGGUAAUCUGGCUCUUUCCUCUCCUACACAGCCCACAUUGGAGCCAGGUAAUCUGGCACCUACCUCUCCUACACAACCCACAUUGGAGCCAGGUAAUCUGGCACCUACCUCUCCUACACAGCCCACAUUGGAGCCAGGUAAUCUGGCACCUACCUCUCCUACACAGCCCACAUUAGCCUAAGGCCUAAAGGAGUUAGUCAGGGUCAGACAGAACAGUGUGUGUGUUCUAGACCAGAGUAUGUCCUCUGCACCUGUUGAGGGUGUUCUGAUAGGUCAUCCUUUUUACAUCCCCUACGUGAGAUGAAUUACUGUAAAUAUUUGAAUUUAGGUCUGAUUUAGAAUUGUAUGAUAAACAUUCAAUAUCAUUUCAAGUGUACUUUUAGUUGUGCUUUAUCAAGGUUUAGUCAUGGAAUUCUCUCUAUUGUUUUUACUAAGAUGUUGCUAUCAUGAUAUAAAAAUCUGUUCAAUCAUGUUAACUCAGUAUAUAUCUGUCUCAAUAUGACUGUACUGUAAUAUAUUCUCUCUGUAUUGAUACUGUUUUAUUGUAGUUUUGUGGCUGUUUUGCACAGCUUCUGUACCUCUUUCCAAAUUGUGUUUCCCUCUCCGUCCAUAAAGAAGCUUUAGAAUUGCAUUCUUCUUCCAAGAAUGCAUUGAGUAUUUCAUCACAAUGAUGCUAAGAGAUGAUCUGGGGUGUAUCCAGGAUUACCAAAGAUAUAACAUAAGAUGUUGGCAGAUGUUGGAAACGAUGUAAUCAAGCUGUGUGCCUAGAUAGAGUCAACAUUGCCUGCAGCAAACGUAGCUGGUUGGUGACAUUGGUGAUUACACACCAAACACAAUUAGCUGCCCAGCCACCAUGUUGGCACCAUUUUGUGACUAGAUGUCAGUUCAGGGACCUGCCUGAAUUUGUCCAAUAGAAACUCUCAUUUUCGUUGCAAAAUGUUUUCCAUUUGGAGUAAACGGUUUCUGUUGCAAAACGUUUUGCAACAGAAUCUGGUAUAUGAAUACACCCCAGGGUUCUGAGAGUGGCCCUUCACUCACAGCACUCAAACCAAUCAGAGUCAAGUCAUCUAAUCAAAAAGAUAAAAACCCACCCUUGACAUUUGUGCAAGCCCAUUGCCAUUAUCAUUACUGAAAGGUACAUUUGUAGGCCCUGUGUGACCCUGUAUCAUAAAUGUAGUUACCUAGAUUCUAUAUAUUGUACUGGUUUUCACUGGACCGUUAUUCCCUCUCCUCAGGAGGACACAUGCACGUCCAAGCACUUUUAUGUCACCACCCCUCUUCCCUCCCCUGUAGAUAUGGUGGGUGUUGGGUUAUAAAUUUGAGUCGUGAAUAUGGAUGUGCACUGAAGGUGUAAAACAGACUGACAGCUAUUUUAUUAUUCAUGUGAGGUAAAAUAAGAACAGAAAAAAUGUAUUCCUCUCGUACAUAUUGUUGUCUGAAAAAAAUGAAUGGGAUUGUGCUA